AGGCCUUGUCCUACAUCGAUCUGUAAAAUAUACAUCUUUGGUUACACUUAUACCAUUUUCUUGGUUUGUGCCAGUCACGAAGAUGACCGGCUCGAAUAACCCCAGGUUCCGGCUCCUGAUUGGCUGGUGCUGCCUGAUGUCCGCAGCUCUUCUGAUGAUGACAGUAUUUGUUGCUAUUAAAAAACAGCCAAAUACAAACACAACAGGUAAAGAACCCACUCAAACAGUAAACUGCAUGCCUGACAGAGAUCCUCUGAAGGGUUCCCCGCCUGGUCAGUCGUUCAAAGACUAUAUUCGUCUUAUUAAGGCUGACGACCAGAAAUCCUGGAUGUGCAGUUUUCCAUGUGAGAACAGCUCUCUUGCUCUGAAGAAAAACAUCUCUGUUGAAAUAACAAUAAGCGGCCUCUACUUCAUCAAUGCCCAGUUCCUCUUCACAAAAUCCAGAACACAAAAUCCAGAAAACAAAAAACGUGAGAUAAGUGCUAUUUUGCUCCGAAACCAAGUGCACGGAAAAGGUGAGAAAAAGCUGAGUGAGGUCAAACGUCAUGAAGAAGGAUCUGUGUCAUUGAUCAGAAUGGUCUAUCUGAAAAAUGGAGACAGCAUUCGUCUGGACGUACAACCACAUUCCAUGGAACUAACAACAGAUGAAUACAAUACCUAUUGGGAAAUCACCUUACUUUCUAACCAAUAAUAAUUUUGGGAGAAAUCCUUAACAUUCUUCUCAGGGAGGUUAAGACUAACAAGGCCUUGUUUUAAAUCAAAUGAUUCAUAUUGUAAGUGUCUGUCGAAGUAAAGUCUGUAUUUAUAAAUAAAAAAGUAAAUGCACUGUUCUCAUAUUCUGCACUUGUGCACACUUGCGGGACUUGUGCUACAAAAGUUAAAACAUUUGUAUUGUUUGUAUGGUAAGUUCUCAAGCCCAUUUCGGGUUCUAAAGGAAUAAACUUUUGUCUCUUAUGUUGAAUGUGUUUUUAAAUAUAUUUUAUAUACGUAUUUAGAGUAAUUGCUAUGAUAUUGUUUGAAUUUUUAUAUUAUA